UAAUUCCAGCCUGAGCAGGCAGUUGUCACAAUUCCAGUUAAAAAGUACUUCUGGUGGCAGUGAGUAGUCAUGAGUUUGUCUCACCUAAACAGAGCUGAGAGCCACUUUCAAGUAUCAGAGGUGCAUGAACUGGAGACAGUGGGGAAGAAAGCUUGGGACAAUCCUGUUUACAAUGGCUCUCCUUCUACCUCCUUGAAAAUUCAAACCAUCUACAACCCCAAGUCUAUCCUGGAGAAUCCCUAUGAGAAUUUUGAAGAGGUUGGGAAUCCACUGCCCUACCAAGAAGAACAGAGCAAAGCUGUGAAUGGGAAGACAAGUCCUUUCCUCAAGUGCUGCUUCUACAUCUUCAGAGGCAUCCGAGGUCUGUGGGGCACUACGCUGACUGAGAACACAGCUGAAAACAGGGAGCUUUACGUGAAGACCACCCUGCGAGAGCUGCUGGUCUAUGUUACAUUCUUGGUGGACAUCUGUCUAUUGACAUAUGGAAUGACAAGUUCCAAUGCUUAUUACUACACCAAAGUGAUGUCUGAGCUCUUCCUGCAGACCUCUACAGAUGGCCGUGUCUCCUUCCAGUCCAUCGGCAGCAUGGCUGACUUCUGGGUGUAUGCACAAGGUCCCCUGCUGGAUAAUCUUUACUGGACCAAGUGGUACAACAACGAGUCCCUGGCAGCGCACAGCACCCAGUCAUACAUCUAUUACGAGAACCUGCUGCUGGGUGUCCCACGCAUGAGACAACUGAAGGUGAAGAACAACUCCUGUGUGGUCCAUGAUGACUUCAAGGAGGAAAUCUUGGGCUGCUAUGAUGUAUACUCUGAAGACAAGGAGGAAAGGGUCUCCUUUGGGCUCAUCAAUGGAACAGCGUGGAGGUACCAUUCUGAGGAGGAGCUGGGUGGUUCAUCUCACUGGGGAAGACUAACCAGUUACAGUGGGGGCGGAUACUACAUAGACCUCAAGAUGACCAGAGAAGAGAGUGCUGAAGCCCUGCAAGUCUUGAAAGAGAAACUGUGGCUGGAUCGGGGAACACGAGUUGUCUUUAUUGAUUUCUCUGUGUAUAAUGCAAAUAUCAAUCUGUUCUGUGUUCUGAGGUUAGUGGUUGAGUUUCCAGCCACUGGUGGUGCCAUUCCCUCCUGGCAAAUCCGGACAGUGAAGCUUAUACGAUAUGUCAGCGCGUGGGACUUCUUCAUUGUUGCCUGUGAAAUUGUAUUCUGUGUCUUCAUCUUCUACUACGUGGUGGAAGAGGCUUUGGAGCUCCGUAUCCACAAGCUUCAGUACUUCACCAGCAUCUGGAACAUUCUGGAUGUGGUUGUCAUUCUGCUCUCUAUUGUUGCCAUUGGGUUUCACAUCUUUCGCACCACUGAGGUGAACAGGCUGCUGGGAGAGUUGCUGAAACACCCCGACACCUAUGCAGACUUUGAAUUCCUGGCAUUCUGGCAGACACAGUACAACAAUAUGAAUGCAGUCAACUUAUUUUUUGCCUGGAUCAAGAUAUUCAAGUACAUUAGCUUUAACAAAACAAUGACCCAGCUCUCCUCCACGCUGGCACGUUGUGCCAAGGACAUCCUGGGCUUUGCCAUUAUGUUCUUCAUUGUCUUCUUUGCCUAUGCCCAGCUGGGUUACCUUCUAUUUGGGACACAAGUGGAAAACUUCAGUACCUUUGUUAAAUGCAUUUUCACCCAGUUUCGGAUCAUUCUUGGUGAUUUUGACUACAAUUCCAUUGACAAUGCCAACAGGGUCCUUGGGCCUGUUUACUUUGUCACCUAUGUGUUCUUUGUUUUCUUUGUACUUCUGAACAUGUUUCUGGCCAUCAUCAAUGACACCUACUCAGAAGUCAAGGAGGAGCUUUCGAGCCAGAAGGAUGAGCUGCAGCUCUCUGACAUCUUGAAGCAGAGCUACAACCGGACACUCACGAGGCUGAAGCUGAAGAAGGAGCAGAUCUCUGAUGUACAGAAAGCCCUGCAGAAUGGAACAAAACAACUAGACUUCGAAGACUUCAAGAACAGCUUGAAGGAACUGGGCCAUGCAGACCAUGAGAUCACAGCAGCUUUCUCCAGAUUUGACAAAGAUGGCAACCAUAUCCUUGAUGAAGAGGAGCAACAGCAGAUGAAGCAUGACCUAGAGGCGAAAAGGGUUGCUCUGAAUACAGAAAUUGAAAAUUUGGGGAAAUCCUAUGGUGACAACAACAUGCAUGAGAAUCUAACCUACAUGGAAGCAAGGAAUAACCACACCAAUAAGGCCACCUGGGUCUCCAAAGAAGAAUUCCAAGUCCUCCUGCAUCGCGUGCUGCAGCUGGAACAUUCCAUAAACAGCAUUGGCUCCAAGAUUGAUGCAGUGGUGAACAAGCUCAAUUUGCCAGAAAGAAAAGAGCUGAAGAAGAAGGAUCUGUUGGGCAAACCUCUGGGUGAUAUUAGCAAGGAGGAAGAAGCCAGUCAGAAAGAGCUGCAUCCCCAGAGCCUGGACCAGUUGGGGAAAGAAGAAUCAGAAAGUUGGACAGAACAUGUACAGAGAAACAACCUGAGUGGCAACUCUUCCCAAAAUGGGAUCUAUCACAUCUUGCCCAAGUCAAGUGUGCUGGGGUCUCAGGUGCCCAAGAACCUCUAGCCAGUCUGAUGUGCAUUUCUAUAGCAGUGCUCAGCAGCCCAGUGCUCCCAGUCUGGCUACCAUAGUACCAAGUCACUGUCAGUUGUUCCCUCACUGUUAGGAUAAUCCAGACAGCUGGACACAGACAGCACUGUUGUCAGGAGCCCUUAAUGUGAAAAAUCAGGGAUGCUCUUCUCCAUGAUGUAUCAUGUCACAGAGCUAGAACUUCUGUCCCACUUCACCUUCUCCCCUGUACCUAUAUCUCAGGAAGAGGUAAAAUUUGGCACUAGGUGAUGUAUUAGAUUUUUGCCUCUGAACAGGCUGGCACAGCAUCGUGUAUCUAGCCUUCCCCAAAAAGUAGGAACCCCUGAACUCUGAACAUUUGUGUCCAGAGUGGCAUAUUGCAACUUGCUCCCCACACACGAUAGUCUGCAGAAGAAAGAUAUGGUUGCCAUGGAAAGAAAGCAGAAUAUAAUCACUAGUGUAAAAUGGGAAGAGGAAAUCUAGUUGUUUCUGCCUGGUUACAGCCAGUUUUGUUCUGCUGUAGUUUGUUUCCAGAUUACCUUGGUAACCCUCUCUGUACCUUAGAUUCAGGUAUUUAGGAAAGAGGUUACUAGUGCUUAACUCUGGAUAACUACAAUAAGAGUUGACACCAGUGUAAUUGGGAGAAAGUCUGAAAUAUUCUAAAAUGAGAAGCAGUUGGUGAAGUCCUAGGUCUGAGUGUUAGGGAACAAACUUCUGGUUAUAUGAUUUCUAACAUAGCUGUUGACACUAAGAAAUCUUUGUCAUUUAUUUUCACACUUCUUAAACUGCAUCUCAAGAUUCUUGCACCUUGCAAACUAGCACCCCAUUUAUGAAGUUUGAUGCUUCUUGUUUUUGUCAAGGAAACAAAUUUGCAGUUAUGGGUGCUGACACCAUCUACAUUGAAGAAUAUUGUGAAAAUGAGAUGUGUCAGUUUUUUGACCACAUGCAAGAUAACUUAUUUUCUAAGCAUUUUUCUGUUUGCUGGGGCUAGUCUUUCCUUGUAAUUGGUGCAGACUAUUGCUGCUAUUACAGGGCCAUUGUAAAUAUAUUUCAAUACCUUAAUCACUGAUAUUCUGCAAUAGUUAACCGCAAAUAGGCUCUGUAGGCUUAAAGCCAAUAGAAAUGUGAGCUGUACCAGACCACUGCUAACAGCUCUCAUUAGUGCUACACUGUUUAGUGUGCUGUGCAGUGAUAGGUUUAGUGGGGACCUUGUGCAGGGGCAUCUUGUAUUGCUGCCUUUUUUAAGAUGAAUGUGUCACUGCAUUCUGGGGAAAGCCUCUUUGGCAAUGUCUGAAGGACCUCAGGAUGAGCCCUGUCCUCAGAUGGCCCAGGUGUCAGGGCUGCCACAGCCACAAGAUAGUCUUGAUAAAUUGAAACAGUGUCAUUCAACUACAAGGGCCCAGCAGGAACUGUGAGAAGCAGCUUGUUGUCCAGCUCACAGGGAGGAUUUCAGACAGGAGCUGUGGAGGCAGGAACUACAGGAUCUCAUGAUUCACUUCCCAUCAUCAGCUGGUCCUGCUGUUGGGGACAAGACUUACCU